GAAAGGUACAUCUUAGCUCCAGGAACGGUGCACAGAAACUACAAGCAUCAUUCAGAUUCUGAGUCAUCUGCUCUUAUCUCAUUGAACAAACUGAAGGAAGAAGAAUUAUGGAUUACUGUGGCAAGUAUGCAGCUGUCACUCUGGCUGUGUUGUCAGUAUUUCUGCAUAUUCUUCAUUCUUUCCCAGAUGGAGAGUUCCUCAUGCAGGGCUGUCCAGAAUGCAAGCUAGGAGAAAACAGGUUCUUCUCAAAGCCCGGAGCUCCCAUUUACCAGUGCACGGGAUGUUGUUUCUCAAGGGCUUAUCCUACUCCCAUGAGAUCAAAGAAGACCAUGCUGGUUCCAAAGAACAUUACAUCGGAGGCAACAUGCUGUGUAGCAAAAGCCUUUACAAAGAUUACCCUUAAGGACAACGUGAAGAUAGAGAACCAUACAGAGUGUCACUGCAGCACCUGCUACUACCAUAAAUCUUAAUACCUGUCCUAUUGCUACUGACCAGGAAUGACAGCGAAGGGAGUUUUGUUCUUUUUUGUCUUUGAUAGCAUUGUUGUGUAAAAUCUGUGUUUUUCUGAUGAAGGCACUUAUUGCGCCAUGAAACAAGAUGCAUGGCUGUAUUCUUUUCUUUUUACGUCAUCAUGCAUUUAACCAAGUGUAAUGAUAUCCAUUAGGAAUGAAAAUAUAGCAUCUGCAUGAC